AUGGCUGACAGCGCCAACCAUCUGCCCUUCUUUUUUGGCAACAUCACCCGGGAGGAGGCAGAAGACUACCUGGUCCAGGGGGGCAUGAGCGAUGGACUCUACCUGCUGCGCCAGAGUCGCAACUACCUGGGCGGCUUCGCCCUGUCGGUGGCCCACGGGAGGAAGGCGCACCACUACACCAUCGAGCGGGAGCUGAACGGGACCUACGCCAUCACUGGUGGCAGGGCCCACAGCAGCCCUGCCGAGCUGUGCCAGUACCACUCGCAGGAGUCCGAUGGCCUCAUCUGCCUCCUCACCAAGCCUUUCAACCGGCCCCCUGGGGUGCAGCCCAAGACGGGCCCCUUCGAGGACUUGAAAGAAAACCUCAUCAGGGAGUACGUGAAGCAGACAUGGAACCUGCAGGGCCAGGCUCUGGAGCAAGCCAUCAUCAGCCAGAAGCCACAGCUGGAGAAGCUCAUCGCCACCACUGCCCACGAGAAGAUGCCCUGGUUCCACGGGAAAAUCUCCCGAGAUGAGUCUGAGCAAACUGUACUGAUAGGAUCAAAGACAAACGGAAAAUUUUUAAUCAGGGCCAGGGACAACAACGGAUCCUAUGCCCUGUGCUUGCUGCAUGAGGGGAAGGUGCUGCACUAUCGCAUCGACAAGGACAAGACGGGGAAGCUGUCCAUCCCGGAGGGGAAGAAGUUUGACACACUCUGGCAGCUAGUCGAGCACUAUUCUUAUAAACCAGAUGGUUUGUUAAGAGUUCUUACAGUUCCAUGUCAGAAAAUCGGCGGGCAGGGAAAUGUUAAUUUUGGAGGUCGCCCACAACUUCCAAGUUCCCAUCCUGUGACUUGGUCCGCGGGUGGAAUAAUUUCAAGAAUCAAAUCAUACUCCUUCCCCAGGCCUGGCCACAGAAAGACCUCCCCUCCCCAAGGGAGCCGGCCAGAGAGCACCGCGUCUUUCAAUCCAUAUGAGCCAGAAGUAGGGCCCUGGGCCGCGGAGAGAGACCCCCAGAGAGAAGCCUUGCCCAUGGACACUGAAGUGUACGAGAGCCCCUACGCUGACCCCGAGGAGAUCAGGCCCAAGGAGGUGUACCUGGACCGACAGCUGCUGACUCUGGAAGACAAAGAGCUGGGCUCCGGGAACUUCGGGACUGUGAAGAAAGGCUUCUACCAAAUGAAGAAAGGCGUGAAAACGGUGGCCGUGAAGAUACUGAAGAAUGAGGCUAACGACCCCGCUCUGAAGGACGAGCUGCUGCUGGAGGCCAACGUCAUGCAGCAGCUGGACAACCCGUACAUCGUGCGCAUGAUCGGCAUAUGCGAGGCCGAGGCCUGGAUGCUGGUCAUGGAGAUGGCUGAGCUGGGGCCCCUCAACAAGUACCUGCAGCAGAACAGGCAUGUCAAGGAUAAGAAUAUCAUAGAGCUGGUUCAUCAGGUUUCCAUGGGAAUGAAAUAUUUGGAAGAGUGCAAUUUUGUGCACAGAGAUCUGGCUGCAAGAAAUGUAUUGCUGGUUACUCAACAUUAUGCCAAGAUCAGUGAUUUUGGACUUUCCAAAGCACUUGGUGCUGAUGAAAACUACUACAAGGCCCAGACUCACGGGAAGUGGCCCGUGAAGUGGUACGCCCCGGAAUGCAUCAACUACUACAAGUUCUCCAGCAAGAGCGACGUCUGGAGCUUUGGCGUGCUCAUGUGGGAGGCAUUUUCCUACGGGCAGAAGCCGUAUCGAGGAAUGAAAGGAAGUGAGGUCACUGCCAUGCUGGAGAAAGGAGAGCGGAUGGGGUGCCCUCCGGGGUGUCCAAGGGAGAUGUACGAUCUGAUGAACCUGUGCUGGACAUACGAGGUGGAGAAGAGGCCGGGGUUUGCGGCGGUGGAACUGCGCCUGCGCAACUACUACUACGACGUGGUGAACUGACAGCCCCCGCGCCUGUCUGGGGCCACCCCUGGGCAGACGAGCAGCCGCAGGAAAAGGCGUCCAGGUGAAUCGAUUUUCAGUGUUUCCACUCCUCUGCCCGUGGGAAAGCA